AUGGCUGAAUCUGUGGCUUCCGCCUCGGACGUAGUGGUCAAGGAGCGAAGGCAGCUCGGCGCUAGAGCCUGUGACCGAUGCCGUCGGAGAAAAUGCAAGUGCCAUCUUCUGCUGUCCGGUAACUCUCGGAGGGGUCCCAAGACCAAGAAGAAAGCCACCGCCGACGGUAAUACGCCGAGCUUUUCGGACAUUCCGCCUCUGCGAUUCGAUCAGCAUUCGCCGACUGGCCGCCUCAGUUUCGGCACGUCAACGACACAGCAGCCAUGGAGUGCCUCGAGCGCCACGGCCCUUGAUGCCAACCUGCUGCCUCGCAGCAUCACAAGUCCCCCAGACAGCGCAGAGGUGCCCGUCCUCGCGCGAUGGACACGUCUGGUCGACCAAGUCACGGCCCGCGGCCUGCACUUUGAAGCCGUCGUGAACCAGUGCAUAGACCUCUUCUUCGAGUAUCUGUAUCCUCUGACGCCUCUUGUCCACGAACCCAGCCUCCGGGACAACCUGGCCUACUUUGUCCCCUCGGACCGCGCGCCACACCUGGAAACGUGCGCCGAGGCCGCCUUUACCCUCAUCACCGCCGUCUGCGCCGAGGCCGCCUUCCUGCUGCCCGCCGAUAUUUUCCCGAGCGGCGACGCCGUGGCCUCGGUCUUCCUGCACGCCUCGCGGGGCUGCCUGGCCGACUACAUGGAGGCGGACCUCGAGAGCCCCAGCGCGAGCUCCAUCACCAUUCGCUACUUCCACUCCAACUGCGUCCAUGCCGCGGGCAAGCCCAAGUUUUCGUGGCACAUUUUCGGCGAGGCUACGCGUCUGGCGCAGGUCAUGCGCCUGCACGACGAGACGAGCUACGAGGGCCUGUAUCCGGUCGAGGCCGAGAUGCGCCGCCGCGUGUUCUGGAUCGUCUACAUGGGCGACAAGUCGGCCGCCAUUCUCAACAACAGGCCAAUCACCAUGCACAAGUACUCGUUUGAGUGCGGCGUCACGGCCACGUACCCGACCGGCAUCGAGGAGGAGUCGCAAACGCCCGUGUCUCCCAACAGCGUGCACUCAAGUGAGCCCGCCUCGACUAAGCGGCAGAAGCUCAUACUCGGCUUCAACGCCAAUAUCCGGCUGUGGAGUGCGGCAUCGGACCUGCUGCUCGCCCUUCGCGUCAUUCAAGAUCAGGCAAAGACGUCACAGGACGGCGGCCUCGCAAACACCCUGAGCCCACCGCAACGCGAAAUCAUUGACCCCCUGUACAUUGCCUUCAUCACAAGCCUGGAUGAUCUGCCAUCCUUCUUAAAAUCGCACUCUUUUGCACCCCCCACUUCAAAGUCUGAGACGUCGCAGUCGAAUCAGUUCACGAUACAGUGUGCGAAUCUUCAAGUGUCCAUGCACUGCUUGCGCAUGGUCGUUGUGCAAAAGUUUGAGCACCUGUCCUAUCUGACUGCCGGCAUGGAGCAGACUGAUCUGCAAAAGACGGACAUUGUCCGAGAUGCGCUGCGGGUCAUACAUGAAGUUCCAUUCUGGGCUCUGCAGCUAAACGGAGAACCCUAUAAAAGCUUCGCUUAA